AUGCAAGAGAAGGACUUGGUAAAGGGUUUACCAAAGUUCGUGGUUCAAAAGGAGUCAUGUGGAGCGUGCAAUCUUGGAAAGCAAUCUCGAAAAAGCUUUCCAAAAGAGUCUCAAACCAAGACAAGAGAGCGACUAGAGAUCGUACACACGGAUGUGUGUGGACCAAUGCAACACAAAUCUCUCGAUGGAAGUCGAUAUUUCUUAUUGUUUUUGGAUGACUUUACCCACAUGUGUUGGGUAUACUUCCUCAAACAAAAAUCCGACACUUUCUCAACCUUCAAGAAAGCCAAGGCAAUGAUCGAGAAGCAAUCAGGUUGUUCCAUCAAGAUACUAAGAUCCGAUGGAGGUGGUGAAUUCACAUCAAAAGAAUUCACCAAGUUUUAUGAAGACGAAGGCAUUGAAAGGCAAGUCACUUUGCCUUACUCACCACAACAGAAAGGAGCAGCCGAGAGGAAGAAUAGAUCAUUGGUGGAGAUGGCAAGAACGAUGCUUGCAGAACAAGACUUGCCAUUCAAGUUUUGGGCCGAAGCCGUCUACACUUCGGCUUACUUGCAAAACCGUCUACCAUCAAGAGCAAUAGAGGGUGAUCUAACCCCUAUGGAGAAGUGGUGUGGACACAAACCAAAUGUGUCACACUUGAAAGUCUUUGGAAGCAUAUGUUACGUUCACAUACCGGAUCAAAGAAGAAGAAAACUUGAAGCAAAGGCAAAGCGUUGCAUCUUCAUCGGCUAUAGCAAUCAAACGAAAGGCUAUAGAGUUUUCAAUCUUGAAAACGAGAAGAUCGAAAUCUCAAGAGAUGUUGAAUUCGAAGAAGAGAAGAAAUGA